CGGCGGUAGGUGAACCGUGCACAGAUAGGACCCCAGAUUUGUAACCCGACUCCGCCCGCCGCUGCGUAUCGUUAGGGAAGGUCCGCGGUGUCAUGAACGUUAAUAAUGCUUGACCGACAGUAAGAGUCGACACAUCUGAGACAACGAUCUACGCGCAAACGAGCUACGAGCCACGACAUCAAAUCCACCCUUUCACUGUGGAGCGCACAGUCUCUGGCACCCGGGUUAAACAAAUCUUGACUGUUACUGCUCUUAACGGGCUCCCGCACGGAUCUAGUGUCGACACCCUCUUGAACAUUACACGAGGAGGACCGCGAAGCUCGGCACUUUUUUUGGGCAACUUACACAAACAAGCAUAAUGGGACAAAGUGUUUCAUGGCUUUCGGGCCUCAUCUGGGCGAAGAAGGAGAUCAGAAUUCUGAUUCUCGGCCUGGACAAUGCUGGCAAGACAACAUUGCUAUAUAGGUUGAAGAUAGGAGAUGUCGUCACGACGAUACCGACGAUAGGCUUCAAUGUGGAGUCAGUCACAUACAAAAAUCUCAACUUCAAUGUAUGGGACCUGGGUGGUCAGACAUCGAUCCGUCCCUACUGGCGGUGCUAUUAUGCCAACACAGCGGCGGUCAUCUUCGUGGUCGACUCGACGGAUAUCGACCGUUUACAAACCGCAGCCGACGAGCUGGCCGCCAUGCUGAACGAGGAUGAGCUGAAGGAUGCAGCAUUGCUGGUGUUUGCAAACAAGCAGGAUCAGCCUGGAGCAAAGGGAGCCGGCGACAUAUCACAGGCACUGAGGCUUGGCGAGCUUCGGGACAGAAACUGGAGCAUUAUGGCAUGCUCUGCUGUCGACGGGAGCGGUGUAAACGAAGGCAUGGAUUGGCUUGUGCAAACGGUCUCGCAAGAGUCAUGAAGUCACUAGACUAUCGGUAUUCCACUUCAACUCCGAAGACCUUUUCAUCUACGACUAUAUUAUGCUGGUUUGGACUAAAUUAAGGGAGUGCCGGUCUCACUCACAAAGCUGUCCUGAGACACUAUUACUUUCAGCAUUGCGCGCGGCAGAAAAUUACCUUGACGGUCUAUCCGUUUGCGCCCACUAAUACGGAGGGGAUUUGCGACUUGCAAAACUGGCUCGCAUGCAUGCCUAAUAGUUCAAACUUGCAUAUGAUUAAUCCUCAUACUCACAUUUCCCAGUUUGCCACCAUAGACAUCAGUACAUGGUUACGCACUAAAUAGGUCAUCCUCUUUCAUCGCUGAAGUGGGACUGGUUUGUUAUGGUUGUGCAGAAUAGAGCCAUGAUGUAUGGGCGAACCCUCGUUGUGUUUGUACCCAUGCUAUUAUUGCUUGGCUAACACUUGCACGUCAAUCUAUUCAUUCGUGGCCAAGUCGCUUAUACUUGUCAUCCUUGUCUUUCCAUGUUCAGCGAGAUGCUAAUCACUUCGAUUGUCACAUAUUGUGUCUUCUAUUGGUCUUCUUUGACUGAAUCUUGGUGCAGGUUGCAAAGCCUCUCAGAUCUUCAGCUUGUGCUCUAC